AUGCUCAUCUUGCGCGGUGAAGAAUUAGUGGCAGCAACGCCGUUCGAUAAAACGUCCAGGUACCUCGCAGUGGACACAGCAAUGGACGAAGAGACAGGGAAAACACGUACACGGUAUAUUCACGCUGUCCCAGCUAAGGGGGUUGACAAACUCCAGCUCUACCCCCCUGGGCGAGACACCCAUACAGAUACCAUCAACUUUGCGAAACAUUGGUUCAUCAGAGACACCCUAGAGCAAGACUCCAUGGAAGAAACAUUUUUUAGCAUCAUCCCCAAAGAGAUUAUCGUGAUCGUUCAGAAGAAUAUCGAGUUGGAUAAUGCCAAAGAAAGGCUGAACGACACUCUGGGGGCCGAUCAGAAGAGGGCUGUGGACCUGUCUGAAGUGGUCAGGAAGCGGACGCUCGAUGCCUUCAAGGCGUCGGUCGAGCUCCAAGGGUUGCCCAUGCUGAAGAAGCGCAAAUUAAGGUAA